AUGCACGCAGCCCGCGGUGAGACUGGCUAUGUGCCAGGGGAAAAUUUGUGUCACUAUGUGACAAGACCCUUUGAUAAAUAUGCUGAAGAUGACGGCUAUUUGGUCUUGAAGGAGGGCCAGGUGGUCUUCGUAGAGUACAUUGGCUGUGAUGGUCAUGAAGGGGGCUGGCUGUUUGGAUAUAAGUCCGGCUCUGAAAAUCAUCACGGCUGGUUCCCUCAGUCAUCCAUCGAGAAGAUCUCGCCGCCGCCGCCGCCAGUGCCACCCAAUACCACAAGCCGCGCCACGCCGUCGCCACUGCGGAAUGUGCCAAGCUAUGCGCUGAAUGGCUGUGAUAAGGAAAGACAGCGCUGCAUGGCUCUGGACUCCUUUGCACGUGCCGCAACUCCCCCGCCUGACGAUGAGGAGAUCUUCCAAAGACAAAUCACUCCUCCACCGGAUGACGACGAUGACGUUUGCAACUGGGGCCGAACUUUUUGUGGCCGAGGCGACUCGAAUCCCUGGCUCAGCCCCGAGACGAACAACCCUCCGCCGCCGGCACCCAAGGGGCAGCCCAUCAGUCAGCUGCCGCCGCCCGGGCUGGACGUCCAUGCAGAUGCAGCAUCGUUUCAAAGCGUGACCGAAGGUCUGGACGUGGGCAGAGAAUUGCCCAUGUACCAGUAUUGCGCAGAACUGAAGAGAAAAGUCACAGAGAAUCGCGUUGUCAUGGUGGAUGCGGCCACCGGGAGUGGAAAGUCGACCUUGGUUCCUCUGUGUUUAGCCCAGCAAUGCUUGGAGGAGGGUCGCUCCUGCCGCAUUGUUGUCACACAGCCGCGGCGCAUGGCUGCGAAGAAACUGGCCGAGAGGGUGUCAGAACAGGUGAAUCGGCCCGUGGGAGACUUGAUCGGCUAUCGCGUGGGAGGUCAGGACAAACGAGACCAUCCGCAGGGGUUGGUUGUGUAUGUCACAGUGGGUCACUUCCUAGAGGCUUUGGUGCACAAUCCGGCGCACUUGGAGAAUUUCAGUCACGUGGUGCUGGACGAGGUCCACGAGCGCUUCGUCGAGGCGGAUUUUCUCAUGGCGCUGCUGCGGAUGUUGCUCUCGCGGCCCGAGAGCUUGCGGACGCGCAUCGUGGUGAUGUCCGCCACCUUGCAGAAAGCCUUGCACGCGUUCUUCAAACCGGUGCUGCUUCCAGCGCCCCAUCGGGCCGAAAUGACCAGUAUCACCUCGCCAGGAUCGACGCCCUACCAAGUUGAGGACUUCUUUCUUGAAGACUUACCUCUGCACAUCAGACAAAAAGGGCCAUCAUUUGGUGAGUUGCUACCGGAAAACCUCAAGACAUUGAAAAAGUCGAUGACUCGUUCUGACAAGCUCACAUCGGCCUGUCAGAAACUCACCACCGUUGGAGCCCGGUGGAUCAAGCAUUUGUAUGAGAUGAUGCGUAUCAAUGUGGUCCUGGCCUUCCUGCCCGGUCUAGAUCAGAUGAAGGAGUUGAAGAACCAGCUAACAGCCAUACUGGAACCCACCAUGGAACAACGUUUGAAGCCAGAUAUUAUCUUGAUGCAUUCCGCACUCGAUGACAACGACUACAAGCACGCGGGUGAUCCAGUACCCGAAGGGCAGUGGAAGGUGAUCAUCGCCACCAACAUGGCGGAAUCUUCCCUCACUUUGCCCAGCGUCGGAGCGGUCUUGGACUUCGGGAUGCACCGCGUCAACGAGUACAACGACGAGUCGAAGAUGUCCACCUUGGUGACCACCUGGUGCUCCAAAGCCUCGCUGAAGCAACGCCGGGGCCGCACGGGGCGAACCAAUGAUGGAAAGUACUACUGCAUGAUGGAACGCAGGGUCUUAGCAAUGGACCAACAACAAGCGGCACAGGUCCUCCAGUCGCUCCAGGAACUACAGACCGAGGUCAAUCGACUAAGAGGCCGAGAAGCUGAACUGACAGCACAGGUCGCUUCUUUUGGUGCCGGUUCGGCUGCUUCAGCUGGACCUGGCAGUGCACUGGCACAGUUGGUGCAGUCACAAAAGGAGCUUGUGGACGCCCUUAGAUCGAAAGAACAAGUCCGGUUGGUCGACAACAAGGGCCUUGGCAAGCCCGACAAGUUUGAUGGGACAGCCGAAAGAUUCUUGUCAUGGAAAAUCAAGACGUCCUCCUAUCUUGCAAGUGUUCGCAAAGACCUUCGUGAGAUUCUGGUUUGGGCCGAAGAUUGCGAUCAUGCAAUCACUGCAGAUGACAUCGACAAGGCUUUUGGGAGUCAAGCAGAUGCCAUUGACCAGGUGUCGAACAUCAGUGAAUUGAGACGCGAGCUUUGGGACGCGCUGCUAAUGCUGACAGAGCGUGAGCCCUUUGACAUCGUGCUGAACACCGGGGAAUGCGGCAUCGAAAGCUGGAGAAAGCUCACGCGGAGGUACGACCCAUCCACUGGUGGUCGCAAACGCGCUCUCCUCAAUGCAAUCUUGUCACCGGCUCGAUCCAAGAUGGAAGAUUUGCCGUCCAACCUGGAGAAGCUUCUUGACAGCAUCAGACUUUAUGAACGUCGCAAAGACGCAUCUGGCAACCGAACGAUGUUGGCAGAAGACAUCAAGAUCAACGUGAUUGAACGAUUGGUGCCGGCAGAGCUCGAGCGUCAUCUCGUUCUCAAUCGAGAUCGCUUCAAGACGUUCGAGUCCAUGCUGUCCGAGAUCCAGUCCUAUGUGGAACAUGCCACCGGCAACAAGAUCAAGGUGGUGAAUAGCCAGCCCUACGACGCACAUGGCCGUGGGGACGAUCCUAUAGAUGUCGGAAGCUUUGGAAAAGAUGCGAAGGGAAAAGGUAAGGGCAAGAAGGGAGCUGGAGGAAAACCUGGAAAGGGAAAUGCAACAGCUGAGAAGAGAACAUGUCACAACUGCGGACGCCCAGGACAUCUGCGGGCAGAUUGCUGGGCACCUGGAGGCCCCAAACAUAAGGGGACGGGUGGCAAAGGCAACAGCAAUCAGAAUAAGGACAAGGGCAAGGGCAAAGGCAGCCCCGGAAAGCACAAGCAGAAGCCCAAAGGAGGCAAAUCUGUGAACAAUGUCGAACAAGGUGAACCAGAAGCAGAAGACUGGGACGCAGCUGAUGGCGACGAUGGUCAACAAGCAGCAAAUGGUUUAACGCUCUAUGGCGUUGAUGGGCCACCACAUGACGAGGAUGACGACGAAAGUUUCCAGGUCGAUCCCGAGUCCGAGGAGUCGGAAGCCUCGACAAGUCGCAGAAGGUGGUUUUCUUUGCCUCACCCACGUGCGUCAUGGCCUGAAGAGUGGGACGACCCCGACUAUGAUGGACCGAGUGGAUCGAGCACCUCGAACGCCACAGGGAAGACCCAAGAGGGGCAGAAGUCCAAAGAGCUCAACACCAAAGAGAGGCAAAGCAAGCAGAUCAGGGCCAGUCACUCCGGAGUCAGCACUCCGACGCUUUCGAAUGACUUCGAUGACACCACCACCAAGGAGAAGGUUGAGGUGAAGCCACCACCACCUGUCAAGGCAUCAUCGGCAGCUUCGACUUCAGGUUCUCGACUUGUCCAGAUGCUGAAGGCUGCGCUGAGUUCACAAAUCCGCAAAGUCCAAGAAGAAGAUCCUGGUUCAGGAGAUGGCCAGGCAGAUGCGAUGUUAGCGGCUUUGAGGACUAGAUCUGUCAAGGCACCGCACAUCACAAAGCAGAACAUCAGCGAUCCUUCUUUCCACGACUCGAGAUACCAUGCCGAGAUUGCCAAAGGUGUUGCACACAAUGUGGCCUGGAGAAAUGAACGUUUGAGAAGACGUGCAAUCGUCCACCGACGAGGAGGAGUCAAGGCACGUGCGGCUGAAAGGAUUCGACUUGACAAAGAAUGGCAUGAACGCUUUGACAACCCAGAAAAUCCAGAAGGCAUAGUGAGAAUCGAGGAUGAAGACAACUUGGAUGCGGGCAUCGAGACGGUGGUUGUGGGCAAAGCUGGUCAGAGCACAGUGAUAGAGUUUUCAAUGGAAGAGCGGAAAACUUUGAGGCAGUUCCCGGACGACGAGGCCAAGUUGCUGCGGAAGGAUCCCAAGAAGAAACCCAUGACCAAGCGUGUUCGAAGCGUUGGGUACAGGGUGAAGAAGAAUCGGAACCGCAAUGUGGCGCGCAAGAUGGCGAGGAAGAACCGACCAGCCUUGGUUCUGAAGGAAAACACUGAAGUGAACGCAGAUGAAGAUGAUGAUGAAAUGGAAGAGGUCUACAUCGAAGAGCCUGAUGAGCCUCGAGACCGACCAGGCAGAGGAGACCCCGAUGGUGGAGCUGGAUCGGCUCCUGCUGCAGUCUACAGCUUGGGGGCCUCUGACGACUGGCGAAAAUGGGAACGAGCAGAGUUGAACAUCGACACCGGUGCUGCCAUCACUGCAGUACCACUUGACUUCGCCAAGGACUACCCGAGGAGCGAGUCCAAUGGAGCAAGCUACAAGGCAGCCAAUGCGGAACCCAUCGAAGAUCAGGGAAGUGUGAAGCUGGUGGGAUACGACGAAUCUGGCAACAAGAUCCCAAUCGAUUGCCGAGUUGCAGAUGUGCAUCGGCCACUUCUUUCAGGUUCCGAGAUCGCCAAGAACUACCACAUCGCCCUUGGACCAUCUUCGGGGAGAUUGAUCCCAAGAAACACUCCUGCGGGACGGGCCUAUUCGAAGGCCAUGAAAGAUCUGAUCCGAGAUUAUGGCGAUUCAAUGCCCAUUGUGCACAAUCGCCGAGGAGUAAGACCACAAAUCAACGCUGUUGGCGAGGAUCCAGCUGUUUCAGCCGGAGCCGAUGCCAUGGAAGAUGGAGGCGAUGUUUCAGCCGCUUCGGCCGGAGCAGGGUCCUCAGGCGAUGUUCCAGCUGCUUCAGCCGGAGCAGAUGCCUUUGAAGAUGAAGUUGAUUUGGAAAUCGGUGAAGAACAGAGGAAAGCCAUUGUGAAGAAAGAACCACAUCAACCAUCCCAAGCUGAAGUUGACGAACAUGAAAGCACUGGACAUGUUGUCCAUCGGAGCUGGUGCUUGCACUGCAAAAGGGCACGUGUGACUGCUGAUCGCCAUGUGCCUAAGGAACUUGAUGAGCCAGAAACGCAGUUGCCCACGCUGAGCCUGGACUACUUCUAUAUGAACCAGGACCAGGUUGCGGAUGAGGCGACCCUUCCGAGCAUUGUGGCGAAGUGCCACAAGACCAAGAGAUUUUGGGCGAGCGUUCUCCCGGGAAAAGGGGCGGAUGCGUUCGCAAUCGCGCCGAGGGCCAAUCGUGGGGGCAAGAGAAAUGACCUUGCUCCAAGGGUAUCCAUUGGGAUGUACGUUGGAACUGGAAACAGAAAUUCAGACGUCUUUGUCAUGACGGAACGUGGAAUCAUGAAGGGGAACUCGAUCCAUCGACGCCCACCUGACGAUCAGUUCAAACAUGAUCAGUUUGACUCGCUACGUGGCCUUCCUUGGAGGUUGCAAGAACGAGAACAUGGUGGACUGAGGAUCGCCCUUCCCGAUGUUGCAGCGCCUCGUGAAAGGCCUGCAGUGCAAGAAGUGAUCCCAAGGAACCUCUAUGUCACCAAGAAUGACUUGGAAAAGCAUGGGCACACACCUUUGUGUCCUGGAUGUGAAGCAGCAAUACUUGAGAUGCCAAGCCGAGCUCACAAUGCUGAGUGCAGACAAAGAAUCCAGAUCGAACUUGACAAGACUCCAGAAGGUCAAGAAAGGAUCAAAAGAGCGAGAGAGAGAGUUGCACAAGGCAGGCGCCCAAGAGGCGCGGCUGCACCGCCUGAGGGUGGUGGGGCAGAAGGUGGUGAAGCUGCACCACCAGUUGUCCCAGGAGGGGAAGUUGAACAACCAGUCUUGCAAGACCGUGUUCCUUUGGAUGCGGAAAUGGAUGCAAGUGAGGCUGUUGGUGAACCACUGGUCGACACCGAUUUUCGUGGAGAACUCAGACAGAGAGAACAAGAAAGAGAAGGAAGCCCAAAGAGGCAGAAACAAGAACAAUCCCGAGGAGAGAAAAGGAGUUCACAAGUCGACGUUGAAGAUCUUUACAAUGAAUCUUCAGCUCAGGCUUCAGGGUCAGCCGGACCACCGGCACCGGAUGCUUCAUCUGGUGUUCUGGAAGGUGCUGCCGCUGCACCAACAAGUCCUGAGACAAACCAGGAGAUGCUACAUCUGUGUUCCUUGCUCAAAGAUGUGAUCGCAAAAGGGAAGGUUGCUGAGAUCUUCUCUCCACCGCGUGUGGCUGCACAAGCCCAAGUGGUCGGGCUAGCACCUGGCUUCUCGAUUGACUUGGAGACAAAGCGUGGUGAUGGAACUCACUGGGACUGGGACUUGAGUAAAGAUGAACACAUUCGUGAUCUGUUUCAACUGCUUGACUAUGAGAAACCAGAGUUCCUCGGCGGCUCACCUCCCUGUGGGCCAUUCUCGAAGCUGCAAAACAUUGUGGAUGCGAAGGGCAAUGUUUCACCUGAAGUUCGAGCGCAGAGACUAAAAGAUGGUCGCAAACAUCUGCGCACGGCAGUUUCAGCGUAUGAGCAUCAAAUGAAUGCUGGAAGGUACUUCUACCAUGAGCACCCUAAAGGGGCCGCUUCGUGGGAAGAGAGAGCUGUGAAGAGACUGAGGGCAGAUGAACGGGUGUAUGAGGAGGAGUUUUGGAAGCAGCUGCCCGACAGCGAUGACACCAUCGUGGAGCCAGUGCUUGACGCACACUCCGGUGCUGUCUUGGAUGUUGACAAGGUCAGAGCCUCGAGCACUCUUCAGAGCACGAUCAGCUUGAGUUCCAGUGAAGCGGAAUACUACUCGAUCGUUCGAGGAGUUUCCAUCGGAAUGUCGCUACAGGAGAUCUUGCGAGGAUGGGGCCUACAACCAAAACUUAAAGUGCACACAGAUUCAUCCGCUGCGCUGGGAACAUGUAACCGUCAGGGCUUAGGCCGCUCACGGCAUGUUCAAACUCGCUUUCUGUGGGUGCAAGAAAAGCUUGCACUACAUGAAUUCGAACUGGUGAAGAUCCCGACAAAGCAGAACGUAGCUGAUUUGUGCACCAAAGGUUUACCCGCGAAUGAGAUGGAAAGACACAUGCAAAGCAUGGGGUUCGAGUACUCUCAUGGUAGAGCCGAAGCUGCAAAGGCUUUGGAAUGA